UCAUCAUCAAUUCUGAACACACGCAAACGUGGCACCAUUUUGGCUUCGGUUUCACCACACUACCAUCCAACGCACCCCACCACACCACACCACAUGCUCCCUCAGCAAACAUCCACCGUCUCUUCCAACCCAAUCAAAUCCCACCCGUUAAACCCCUAACCAAUUCCUCAAUGGGCCCUCAUCAUCGUAUCUUCUAAACCCACCCCACCCCAAACUCACCUUCGCAACCACAAUGGCAGUGACCAAGCCAUUGCUACCCUCUCUCUGUUCCCUCCCGAAACUCGGACCCAGAGGCCUCACACUCCAGCCGCUACUGAAGCCCAAGAAACAUGUGGCUCGUGUGUCACUGCACGACCCUUUGGUUUGGUCUUCGGAUGUUGGUGAGUACAUCAUCCACCAACAACGCCAAAACCCCUAUCACCUCGUGUUGCUCGCAGAGACUGCGGGUUACUCUUUGGCUAGUUAUUACACUUCUCUUGGUCUCUUUGUUAUAUCUGUGCCUGGACUUUGGUCUCUCAUUAAACGUUCUGUCAAAUCUAAGAUUGUGCAGAAGACAUUUAUAGGUGAAGGUGAAAAGAAGGCACCGAAUCAGGUUGCUGGGGAGAUUCUGUCUUUCUUCACUCGUAACAACUUUGCAGUGACUGACAGAGGAGAGACAAUCACGUUUGAAGGAAUGAUGGUUCCAAGCAGGGGUCAAGCGGCACUAUUAACUUUUUGCACUUGCAUUAGCUUGGCAAGCGUAGCCCUUGUGCUUACCAUAACCGUACCAGAUGUUGGCAACAACUGGUUUUGGAUCACCAUCUUAAGUCCAUUGGCAGGCGUUUAUUACUGGACUCGAGCAUCCAGAAAGGAGCAAAUUAAAGUGAAAAUGAUAGUUGCAGAUGAUGGAACCUUAACAGAGAUCAUUGUCCAAGGUGAUGAUCAACAGGUCGAGCAAAUGAGGAAGGAUCUCAAGUUCAGUGAAAAAGGCAUGGUGUAUGUUAAAGGCGUCUUUGAAAGAUAACCUUUUAUGUUAAAGGAAGGAAUGAGCAUCAUGCUGUAGAAUCAUAAUGCUAAAGAAUAUUGAGAAUUUUUUUUACGUUGUAUGAGAAAAGCUAAUAACCAAAAUUAUAUAAAGAAUAGACAAAUUUAUUGUGUCUGAAAACCCUUGUAACCAAACAUAUAUUAGAAGAAAAAUCAAUUUCCAUCCCACGACGAAA